AUGCCUAUUUCUAAUGAUCCUUAUUACUGUCACGAACAAAUCCCCAUACCUCCUGCUCUACCGGAUAUUUUAAAACAAUUUACGAAGGCAGCCAUUCGGACACAACCAAAAGAUGUUCUCAAUUAUUUCAAAGCAAUGGCACAAAGCGAAGUGCCGCCUGUUAAAGAACGUUUAGAAGUUCCUAUCAGCACACAAAAAACAGACACAGGUCUCACGCCAGGCACACUCAGAAUUUUAAAUAAUCAGCUAGCUUCCAUGAAAGUAGUUCCACUACCUGUUGUAGAAGAAAAGUGGAAGGAUUUAUCACUACCCAUUGAGCGAUUCCAGGAAAUAUGUCGUAUUGGUAAUUUUGUAAAUUCCUGCGAAUGGCGAUGGUUUUUGGCUAUUGCUGCUUCUGAUUUAUGUGCCACAUUAUCAGAAACCUUGAAGUUGAUAUGUGAACUUUUAACAGCUGAUCCUGAAGGUGGAGCUGCUAGACUACCAUUUGAACAGUGGUUAGAAUUCUAUCGUUAUCUGGCUAAAAUUGACGAUAUACCAGAAGGACACAUAAAUCAAGUGUUAGCCUAUUUAAGUUUUGAUGUUGCAAAUCAAAAUGGAUCAAUUGCACCACGUAAUUUUAUGCAUAAAAAUUGUCCAAAAUUGAAUCCAAGAGAAGAGUCAUCCUCACUUGUUUACCUUGAAGAAACAAAUGAAAACUGA